CUCUAAUAUAAGGCGCAUAAAGAGCCAGUGAGUCGCGAGCGAGACUGAUAUCGACAACCGAGUGAAAGGAAUCAUGAGAUGUUGUGCGUGACAAACGUUAGAGCUCAGAUACGCUAUACGGAUAAUAUCGACCACUGUCAAACAGAUUCUGCUGAAAGUCACAUUACAGCGGAAAAAUCUUGAAAAGGAAUGCCUGCACCAACCAACCCCUGACUGAAUAUCGUCAACAGAGGGAAAGAGUGAGAUAAAAGAGGAAGAAUGGGGGAGACUGAGGACGAGCGUACAUCUCAGGCUGGCCAGCUGUUUGAGAACUUUGUGCAGGCCACUACCUGUAAAGGCACCCUGCAGGCCUUCAGCAUCCUCUGCAGGCAGCUGGAGCUGAACCUCUCGGACCACAGGGACUUCUACAGCAGCCUGAAAGCUGCCGUCACCUACUGGAAGGCCAAAGGCCUCUGGGGGAAACUGGACAAAAGAGCCAGCCACAAGGAGUACAGUAAGGGCAAAGCCUGCGCGGACACCAAAUGUCUCAUCAUUGGUGGUGGUCCCUGUGGCUUUCGGACUGCCAUAGAGCUGGCUUUGCUUGGCGCCAAGGUCGUGGUGAUUGAAAAGAGGGACACCUUUUCCAGGAACAAUGUCCUUCACCUUUGGCCUUACACCAUCCAUGACCUCAGGAACCUGGGAGCCAAAAAGUUCUAUGGAAAGUUCUGUGCUGGGUCUAUAGACCACAUCAGUAUUCGUCAGCUGCAACUCAUGCUGUUAAAGAUUGCUCUCAUCAUUGGGGUUGAGGUGCACGUCAACGUGGAGUUUGUCAAGCUUCUCGAGCCACCUGAGGGCCAAGGCACUGAUGGGCCUGGAUGGAGGGCAGAGGUCCGGCCAGUCGAUCACCCCAUCUCAGGCUAUGUGUUUGAUGUGAUAAUUGGUGCAGAUGGAAGGAGAAGCACUCUUGAUGGCUUCAAGAGAAAGGAGUUCAGAGGGAAACUAGCAAUCGCUAUUACUGCUAACUUUGUCAAUCGCAACACGACAGCGGAGGCCAAAGUGGAGGAGAUCAGCGGAGUGGCCUUCAUCUUCAAUCAGAAGUUCUUCUUGGAGCUCAAGGAGGAGACAGGCAUUGAUCUGGAAAACAUUGUCUAUUACAAGGACAACACGCACUACUUUGUCAUGACUGCAAAGAAACAAAGCUUGCUGGACAAGGGUGUGAUCAUCAAUGACUAUAUUGAGACCGAGCGGCUGUUGGCGAGCGACAACGUAAACCAAGAAGCUUUGCUCUCAUACGCCCGGGAGGCUGCAGAUUUUGCCACAAACUACCAGCUUCCCUCUUUGGAUUAUGCCAUCAACCACUACGGCCAGCCAGAUGUAGCUAUGUUUGACUUCACCUGCAUGUACGCCUCAGAGAACGCUGCGCUUGUGAGGGAAAAGAACGGCCAUCAGAUGCUGGUGGCGCUGGUUGGAGAUAGUCUUCUAGAGCCUUUCUGGCCCAUGGGGACAGGAUGUGCUCGAGGGUUUCUGGCCGCCUUUGACACAGCAUGGAUGAUAAAGGGUUGGGCUCAGGGCAAAGAACCCCUUGAUCUUCUGUCAGAGAGGGAGAGCAUCUACAGGCUGCUGCCUCAGACGACCGCAGAAAACAUCUCAAAAAACUUUGAGCAGUACACCAUAGACCCAGCCACACGCUACCCCAACCUCAACUCCACCUGCGUACGACCACAUCAGGUGCGGCAUCUGUACAUUAACGGCGAGCAGGGCUUGAGUUUUCAGGAGCGCAGUGGACCCACACGCACAUCCGUAAACAUCACCACAAGAGAGUCAGAGGUGCAUCCCAGCCGGCUGCUGCAGUGGUGUCAGAAGCAGACUCAGGGCUACAGGGGAGUGGAUGUGACUGACCUAACAACCUCCUGGAGGAGCGGCCUGGCUCUGUGCGCCCUCAUUCACCGUCAGCGGCCGGACCUCAUUGAUUUUGACUCCCUGAACGAGGCUGAUUGCGCUAAAAACAACCAGUUGGCAUUUGAUGUGGCAGAGAGGGAGUUUGGAAUCCAGCCAGUCACCACAGGAAAGGAAAUGAAUGCCAAACAGGGGCCAGACAAGCUUAUUAUGGUGCUCUACCUCUCCAAAUUUCACGAGAUGUUCCGCAACUCUCCUCAAUCCAUCACAGGUGUACCCAAAGAGACUGAUGCAAAUAAUGAAGACUAUUCAUCAAAGACCACAAACUCUCUUUACAACUCGAUAAAUCAAGCACUGCCUCGGAAGAGAAUCCCAAAGGUUGAUAAAAAGUUGGAAGACAAUGACAACAAAAAGAGGAAGAAGGCCAAGAGUCAUCUGGAGGAGCUAAUGCCCAAUCAGAGUGCUCCCCCUGUAGGUGAGAGAGAGGAACAGAAGGAAAAUAAGGUGCGCUCCAUGGCGACUCAACUGCUGGCCAGGUUUGAGGAGAAUGCACCAAGCUGUGGAGUGCGCAAACAGGCAGAUAAAGGCUCUUCUGCUGUUUCUUCAAAAGCUUUCACAGUUCACACUAUCCCAGAAUGCUCUACUCUCUCCUGUCAUCGGUCUCCUAUUCCUUCAGUCCAGUACAAGCAGUGCAGUGAAGAUUCAGAAACGCAGCUGAACCAUGUUAAGCACACAGAUCACUCUGAAAUCAGACGUGUAGAUUGCUUUGACGCCUCCAAACAGAGAACUGUGGGAAAGGUUUCCUCUGCUAUUGGCGUUAAAGCAGCUACACUGGCCAUCUUAUAUGAGACCGAUCACAGACCUAACAACCAUUUUACCCUCUCACUGACCAGCAUGCGGAAGGAGUUUCCUCAGGGUCUGGGCGGCAGUGACAUCUGUCACUUCUGUAAGAAGCGCGUGUACAUAAUGGAGCGGCUCAGUGCGGAGGGAUGCUUCUUCCACAGAGAGUGUUUCCGCUGUAACGUCUGUGGUUGCACGUUGCGUCUGGGUGGUCAUGCUUUUGACUCCAACCAAGGCGCUUUUUACUGCAAGCUGCACUUUUCUCAUCAAAAAAUCAGCAGUAGGCAUCGAAGAGGAGAGAUCAAUGGAGUUGGCAGACCCUCGUCCAGCGCUAGUUCUGAUUACACGGCCACAGACGGCCUCCGCGGCCUGUCCUCAGGAGCCGAAUCAGACUCCGUUCUCAGAACUCGGGAUGACCCGAAGGGUUUGUCGAACCCCAGCGCUCCGGCUGAGAGUGCAGAGGUGCAGGACCUCUCUGACGCCACGGAGGUCAUAAACAUGAGUGAAGUCAAAGAUUCAUCUAAAAAGCCAGAUUCUGCAAAUUCUGCACCUGCGUGUCCCGAUUCUCCACUGCAGAAAGUGAAACGCUCUACAGCCAAAGGAGAGAUUACCAACAAAAACAACCUCUGGAGGAAAAAAAUCCGAUCCACUCUGCCCCUCGUCCUGAUUAAGAAAUUUCACCGCGGAAAACCAGAUGAUAGAACUGAAGCCCUCGCAGAGGAAGACGGAGACUCGGACUUUGAGGAGAUCCAUGAAUCUAUCUUCUCAACAAAGGCUGCAACAUCCACCACAGAGUCUGACUGCCCCCUAAUGGAGGACAAGAAGUCAACACCCAUGAAAGAGAUCCCCAAAAUCCCUCUGUAUCGCACACGUUUCCUUCCUGAAUCCCCAAAACCCAGCACUUCCUCUCCAGAGCCAGUCGUCAUGGCCGUUCCCUCAGAAGCGAAUUCCCUCAGCCCCAAGAAGAAGCUUGUGCUGUCUUUAUCUGAAAAGGAGAGGCUGCUCAACUGGGACUUGACCGCUCCUGAAAAGCCCUCAAAUUCUGAGGGAGAAAAAAUUGACAGAACCUCAACGAAUCCUUCAAAUGAUCAACCAGAACCAGAAGCUCCACCAAAACCAAGCCGUCCCCAACCUGAACCCACUCCUCCACUCUUUGGCUUCCAACAGUGGGCCAGCAGUCUCCGGAAGUCCUUAUCCUCCAGAAAAGGGAACAACCCUGUGGUCCUCAGGAGAAACCGACCUUUGAAAGCCAGGCCGUUGUCUGAGGGGUCCUUCAACCUCAGCGGCUUGUUUAGCAGCAGCAUUCGGAGUAACCAGGACAGGGAACAUAGCAACACGUUUCCCGAUGGCAGUCAAUCCAGAGUGAAGACAGGAAGUGAGCUCACCACGUUACUGGAGCAGGUGGCUCUCAGCUCCAAAACCCACAAGGGCACAAAAGAUGAUAUGGCCUCCUUACCACCCAGAAAACUCAAUUUCUUCUCCUCUCUGCGCAUUAAGAGGAACGAAGGAGCAGAUCAUACCAAAGGAGACAACCAGAAGGACAUCUUGACCAUUCUUUCCAGGUUCAGAAGCAAAGCUUCUGCUCAGCAACAACAACAAGAGUCCAACUCAUCUAGUGAAGAGGAACAGGAUCCAGACUCACAAAGGACCUUCAGUGACAUCUCACUGAAGAAAAAAGAGAAAAGAGCCAUCCAACAAACCAAGAGAGAUCAGCUGAAAAUACUUCACAGGGCUCAGGUAAUCCAGAGACAGCUGGAGGAAGUUGAAGAGAAGCAGAGAGCUCUGGAGGAGAAAGGUGUAGCUCUGGAGAAGAUCCUCAGAGGAGAAAAUGGUGAUGAUUCUACAGAUGAGACCACACUACUGCAAACCUGGUUCAGUCUGGUCCUGGAGAAGAACAAACUGUCGCGAUAUGAGUCUGAACUCAUGAUCUUUGCUCAAGAACUGGAGUUGGAGGACACUCAAAGCAGGCUACAGCAAGACCUUAGACGGCGAAUGGCCACUGAAGACUGUGAGAAGAGUGCAAGUGAGCUGACGGAGGAGCAGAGCCUGCUGGUGGAGAUCAUGAAGGUGGUGGAGAAAAGAGACAAACUGGUGAGUCUGCUGGAAGAGCAACGGCUGAAGGAGAAAGCGGAGGACAGAGAUCUGGAGAGCAUGAUCCUCUCCAGAGGCUAUCAGUUCCACUGGACCUGAACUUCUCAUGCUGGAUGAAGAUCUGCUGUACUGACCUACAAGAAGAACUACUUUAGACUGAGAAACCCUUAUUUGAAGAUCAGCUUUUGGAUCUUGAACAAACUGUAACACGCUUGUUUAAUCAAACCCGACUGAAUGCUGCCUUGUGUGUUCUUGAAAAGAAAUAAACCAAAAACCAAACAUGUGCCUCUUUAAUAACAGAAAAUGAUGAAUGUUAGAUUUCAAAACACAGGUUUCACAGCCACAGAGGUGAGAGGAUGAACUGCAAAUGUUAUUCACACUGGUUCAAUGGUAUUUAAAUAGUUAAAGCUAUUUUUCGUGGACUUGUUUGAUUUAUUUUCCUGUUUUGUUAAAAUGUUCUUAAUAAAUGUUUGUUCCGUUCUUCAGUAGAUGUUCCAAUAGAGGCCAAAGUUUAAUGGCAGUGAUAAAGCAUGUCUGUUGAGUGUUUGUCUUUUAGGCUUGCAAUGAACAGGAUAUCUUAAGUGACCUAAAAUUGCAGCUAUUUCUAAAGUAAAACUAAAUAUAAUUGUUUCAAGAA